GAGAUGUAAUAAUAUUUUGUAAACAUCGUAAGCAUAACAAUCUUCAAACGAAUAAAUUUUUUUCUUUGGCAGUUACAUUACAGAUUGCACAAAUGUAUCAAAAACCUUUGGCAAAAUUCAUAAAAUUUUUAAGAUAUAUAUUCAUUUAAGUAUGAAAUAAUUAUGAAAGUAUUUUUGAAUUGACUAACUUGUCGUGCAAUUUCCUUUCCUCCAAAAUUAUUUCAGAGCACAAAUGCCUAAUAUUUUAAUGCGUUUGUUUAGAUACUGGAACCGCGAAUUAGAAAAGCUAAAGAAAUUCGAAUAUACUGUGGGUAAAGACGGGAAGAAAGUGCCGUUGAAAGGAAAUGCACGUCCGAGACUAUACAAGGCGCUCUUCGGCGCCUUUUGGUUGCCAUAUUUUAUUAUCGGCAUCUACGUAUUUAUACAGGCAUGCAUAUUGCAUAUUUUAGUACCGAUUCUGCAGGGUUGGAUCAUCAGCUACUUCAUGGGGGAACCGAACUCAACGGACAUGAUAGGGAAAAACGAGACAAUGAUUUAUGUCGCCUGUUUAGUGAUCUGUACCUUCAGUAGCACCCUGUUGUCAAACCACACUACAAUAAUGUCACAACAAAUUGGCAUGAGAUUACGCGUUGCCUGCAGCUCCCUCAUCUACAGAAAGAUAUUACGAUUGAAUCAAACAUCUUUAAGCCAAACAGGUGCUGGACAGAUUGUGAAUCUUCUCAGCAACGAUGUUAAUCGCUUCGAUUCAUUAUCAUUAUGUCUGAAUUAUAUAUGGAUUAUGCCUAUUCAGGUCAUAAUCAUGGGAUACAUAAUGUGGCAGAAGGUCGGUGUCUCGAUUUUCAUUGGCAUCGGUUUAUUGUUGAUCAUCAGCCUACCGAUACAGGGAACCUUCAGUUUGCUAAGCCGUGACAAUAGAGCCAUGAUUGCGUCAUUCACCGAUCGACGAGUGCAGCUGAUGAACGAGCUUAUAGCCGGGAUACAGGUGAUAAAAAUGUACGCCUGGGAAAAACCGUUCAGCAAGAUUGUAUCAAUAACGAGAGCGCUGGAAAUCAAGAAGAUUCAAUUCUCAUCGUACGUGCGCGCUGCGUAUUUGGCCAUCGCAGUGUUUACCGAAAGGCUCCUUCUUUACUUUACAUUAAUAAUGUUCGUAUUAUCGGGAAAUGAUCUAAAUGCUGAUGUAACUUAUACUCUUGCAACAUUUUUCAACACUCUUCAACUCACCGUGGCCUCGUUCUUUCCGCAAGCGCUCAUAUCGUUGGGCGAAGCGAUGGUGUCUAUGAAUCGAUUGGAGGUACGUUAUUGGAAUUGCACUAUAAAUUGAUUCUCCUAUUUUUUGCCCUUAUGUAUUUGUUCAAUGACUAACGAGGCCUUCAACACGCAGGAUCUGCUAUUGAUGGACGAAGUAAAUAUGGAAUGCUUCAAGAAAAUACUACGUGUGCGGUCGAAAGA